AGUGUCAGUUCAUCAAUCGUGUGUUAAAUUACAGUUGAAGUUAAUCAUUAAUUAUUGUACAUAAACCAUAGAUAAACUUAUCUACCUUUAAAAACUCGUUCAGUAACAGGCACAAUUAAUUAAAAAUAUUUCAACAAUCAUGGAGAUGGAAACAGAACAAGUGGAAGCUGAGUUAAUAAAUGGUGGGAAGAACGGAUGUUGGACCAAAUUUUCAGAAAAACGACUGGUACAAGUAGAAAAAACUAUUUUGAAUGUAUUGAAAACUGCUUACCGUACUUGGUUCGUACCAAUUGGAAGCCAACUCGGUAAAGAGGACAAAAUAUGGACCAUCGGUUUAAACGAACAAUCCAAAAAGACUCCGCUUGUUAUGCUACAUGGUUUCGCUGCCGGACUGUGCUUUUGGAUUCUUAAUUUCGACGAAUUGUCAAAAGAUAGGCCAGUAUAUGCGAUAGAUUUAUUAGGAUUUGGAAGGUCGUCACGACCAAAAUUCAGCGGUGAUGCUGAAGAAGCAGAGCAACAAAUGGUAGACUCCCUAGAAGCGUGGAGGAAACAAAUGAAACUGGAAAAUAUGAUCCUCCUGGGCCACAGCUUUGGUGGAUACCUGGCAACAAGUUACGCCAUAAACUAUCCCAAUAGGGUAAAACAUUUAAUCUUAGCCGAUCCUUGGGGGUUCCAGGAACGUCCAGCAAAGUUAGACGUUCCAUUUUGGUUUAAACUUAUAAUUUUUGCCAUAUAUCCUUUUACGUGGUUUAAUCCGUUGGCUAGUAUCAGGGCUGCUGGACCGAUGGGUCCAUGGCUUGUUGGUAAAGUGAGGAACGACAUAUCUGCCAAAUAUAGCUCAGCAAUUGACAAUACAGAUCUUAUAACAGAAUAUAUUUACCACUGUAAUUCACAAAAUCCAUCUGGAGAAUCUGCUUUUAACUCGAUGAAACAAGGCUUAGCAUGGGCUAAACAUCCAAUGAUACGCAGAUAUCAUACAUUAAGCAAAGACGUACCGCUUACAGUUAUUUAUGGUGAAAGGUCUUGGAUAGUGAAGACACCAGAAGAUGAUUUGAAAAAUCAAAGACCUGAGUCGUACGUCAAAGCAGAGAUUUUACCUAAUGCUGGACAUCACAUCAAUGCAGAUCAAUCAGUAUUGUUUAACCAACUCGUCUGUAAAGUAUGUAAGCAAUGUGAUAAUUCUGAAACGUGUAAUUCCGAAGAAAAAGAAGAUAACAACAAAAAUUGUGAUAAUGAAAACGAUUGGGAUAAGAAAAUAGAGGGACUAGUAGAAGAUGAUGAUUUUAGUGGUAUGCAAAUAAUAAAUACGAGACUGUAAAUAGAAAGUAUAGAUAAAAUAUACGAAUUUUCUGCCU